AUGCACGCACCAUUUACCACAAAACCUAAAUUCAUUUCAAUAUUCAAUUCCAACUUUCAUGGCACCCAAACUCCUUUGCUACUUGCUCUUCAUGCUCUUGGGAGCUUGGAGCUCUUGGCCCGCGGCUUCCUCUCGUGUAAUCGCCGACGACGAGCAGUCAAUGAGGGCUCGACAUGAGCUCUGGAUGGCCCGCCACGGAAAAGUUUACAGUGAUGCUGGUGAAAAAGACCAGCGAUUUAAAAUAUUUAAUGAGAACCUGAAACGCAUCGAGACGUUUAAUGCCCGAGGUGAUAAGGGGUACAGACUUGGAGUUAAUAAGUUUGCAGACUUAACUAACGACGAGUUCCGUAUGGCACAUACCGGUGGUUAUAAGAGGGUGCAAACCAAAGCCACGUCGACCUCUUCAAGGGGAAAACAUUUUAGGUACGAGAAUGUGACGGCGGUGGGCACUGUGUUGGACUGGAGGAAGAAAGGUGCCGUGACGCCUGUCAAGGAUCAACGCGACUGUGGUUGUUGCUGGGCAUUUUCGGCGGUGGCAGCGGUGGAGGGCCUGACCCAGAUAAAAACUGGCAAGCUGGUGUCUCUGUCGGAGCAAGAGCUCGUGGACUGCGACGUCGCCGGCGAAGACAUGGGCUGCGAAGGAGGCCUGAUGGAGAACGCCUUCGGUUUCAUCAUCCACAACAAAGGCCUCACCACCGAGACCAACUACCCCUACACCGCCCAGGACGGCGUCUGCAGCGCCAAGAAAGCGGCCGUCGCCGCCGCCGCCAAGAUCUCCGGCUACGAGAAAGUCCCGGCCGACGACGAGAAGGCGCUUUUGCAGGCCGUCGCGAGCCAGCCGGUGUCCGUGGCCAUCAACGGCGCCGCAUUCGACUUCCAGUUCUACCAGGAAGGUGUCUUCGACGGGGACUGCCAACCCUACCUCAACCACGCCGUCACGGCGAUUGGAUAUGGGACCGCCGGCGAUGGAUCCAAGUAUUGGCUCAUAAAGAAUUCAUGGGGUAACAGUUGGGGCGAAAGUGGAUAUAUGAGAAUUACAAGGGACUAUGCUCAAAAAGAAGGGCUUUGUGGACUUGCUAGGGAUGCUUCUUAUCCCUUUCUCUAAAAUAACCAAAACAGGAAUUACUCAGUACACUCUAUUCAUAUAGUCACUACAAUAGACAGGUCGAUAAUAGAAGAAAAAGAAUUAUGACAAAUUAAGUGUAUAUAUAUGGUGGCCUGGGUGAAAUAUAGUUUGAAGUGUGUAUAUAAUUUUCUUAAGAUUAAGCAAGAUACUUUAGUUUUAGGAUGAGCCAAAUUAAAGUUUAUAGAUAUGCAUAAGGGCUAGCUAGUUAUUAGGAAAUUUGCUUGGCUUGAUUUUUUGGAGGAUUAUAUUGUCUCCAAUCUGUCUGCCUGUAUGUAUGUAUUGUCAAUGUCAUAAAGGGUAUAUAAAUAAACAGGAGGAAAAGUAAAAUGAAUUGUAAAAUCCUUGUGGUUUCAUUUUGUGAAUAUAUAAAAAUAAUUGUGAAUA